AUGCAGACAAGGUGCUUAAUAACCGCUUUGAACGAACGCCAAGUCCGUCAAGUAAUCCAACUGCUUCAAAAAACUCAAAAACUACCCCGAGAUACCCGGAUUUUCCUACAGAAAGUGAGCAAGCAUAUUGGCCAGCUGAAUACGACCCAAGCCUUGCAGGAGGACCAUAUUUCUCGCCUACAAUUUCAAGUCAAGACCUUGGAGAAGCCAAAGAUCAAGAAGCGAAUUGAAAAGGACCCAAAUACUAGGUUUAGCAAUAUAAAGCAGAUUAUGAAGGCUAUACAGGAGGCGAAGGAAGAAACAGAGCGUAUUAGGGCCAAAGAGCCCGAAUUAAUGGCUAAAAAGGCUGCAGAUGAAGCUUCGAAGGCAGGUUUAAAUGCCUUAUGUUUUGAAUGGCAGGCUUAUUAG